AUGCGUUUUAACACUCUUGCUCUGACCCUGGCUACGGCGGGCACCCUUGCCGCCGCUCAGCACAACCACGGCCAUCGCCGCUUGCACAGACGUGCUGAUGACACUGUCAUCGAGUACGAACUCAAUGGUGUGCUCGUUUCCGAGGCCGUCGUCUGCGAGGGUAUUGCCGAUGGUACCCUGGAGUGGGCCGAUGGCAUCGCCCCCUCGGGCGCCUGCGAGAGCUCCUCUGCCACCGCGACCGCCGCCUCGACCGCCGCCGCCACCACUGUCACCGAGAUUGCUCCCGCCAUCUCGGUUGGUCCCUUCUCUUACCCUGCGACCACUGCCGCGGCCACCACCACCUCCGCCCAGGCCUCCUCCGGCUCCAGCACUUCCAGCUCUGCCGCCGCCGCCAGCGGCACCUCCACCAGCUCCACCUCCACCGGCAUCGACGCUGACUUCCCCGAUGGAGAGAUCUCCUGCUCGGACUUCCCCUCCGACUACGGUGCCGUCGCGCUUGACUACCUGGGUCUCGGCGGUUGGUCUGGUAUCCAGUACGUGACCAUCUCCGAUGACGUGGUCACCGAGAUCGUCACCGGUGUCUCGGGCGAUAGCUGUACCUCUGGUGCCAUGUGCUCCUACGCUUGCCCCGCCGGCUACCAGAAGUCUCAGUGGCCUUCCACCCAGGGUUCCACUGGCCAGUCAGUUGGUGGUAUCAAGUGCAAGGACGGCAAGCUCUACCUCACCAACUCUGAUCUCUCCAGCAAGCUGUGCAUUCCCGGCGUUGGCGGUGUUUACGUCGAGAACACCCUUAGCGAGGUCGUGGCUGUGUGCCGUACUGACUACCCUGGUACCGAGUCUGAGACCAUUCCUCUCAGCGUCGCUGCUGGCUCCACUGAGGACCUGACCUGCCCCAACGGCACCACCUACUACAAGUGGGAGGGUGAGGUCACCUCUGCUCAGUACUACAUCAACCCCAAGGGUGUCAGCACCAAGACCGGCUGCCAGUGGGGCACCUCUGCCUCGGACGUCGGCAACUGGGCUCCCAUGAACAUGGGUGUUGGUGAGAGCGAUGGCAAGUGGCUGUCUCUCUUCCCCAACACUCCCACUACCACUGCCACUCUCGACUUCAACGUUAAGAUCAAGGGAGACGACCUCAGCGGCGAGUGCUACUACGAGGAUGGUGUCUUUUACGACGCGGAUGGUGAGGUCGAUGACGGUUGCACCGUAAGUUCAUCCCUUUUUGUUAUCUUAAUGUUGCUCGGAACUUUCAACGCGUCGUGUUUGGCGGCGCGGUUGACAAGACACGCUCCCUCUGCCUCUGCCCUUUCCUCGUCUCCGGCAGGCGAGGGACCCUUUCCCAUUCCUCCCCUCCCACCACUGCGAAGCAACCCUUUUGCCCUUCUCCAGGGGACGACUUGA